AUGUCAAGCUCUGGUAAGGACGAAACGCCAACAGCAGGAAGUUUAGACCUAGCGGCUUUGGUUAUUCAGGCUCAUGGUGGAAUAGAUCGCUGGAAUAAAGUCAGCCAUAUCGAGCUGUCCCUCAACCUCUCCGGGUCAGCCCUUGAAUGGAAAGGGUACCCGGGGCAUCGCCAGCCCACAUGCUACCUCAAUGUCCGGGACACAAAAGUUGUGUUUCAAGGGCUUGGACCUGGCAGUCCAGAAGAUAAAUGGAUUUAUACUCCCAAACGGGCAUGGAUCGAGCGUCGAGAUGGCACUGUGUUAGCCUCGAGAGACAAUCCUUAUGCGAAUUUUCUUGACCACACCCGGACAACGCCGUGGGAUGAUCUGGAUUUCACAUGUUUCGCUGGAUAUGCCUUACAUAACUACUUGACCUUUCCAUUCCACCUCGUUGAGCCCGGUUUUAAAUACCGAGAGGUUAACUCGCAUGAGGAGAAUGAUGAGACAUGGCGCGUUCUCGAGGUCACUUUUCCGGACCAUCAUCUGGCGCAUAGCAAGAGCCAACUCUUCUACUUCGACGAAGAGUUGAUGCUACGCAGAGUAGAUUACGCGCCAACAGCUUUCAAGGCACCAGCGGCACACUACUGCUUUGACGUCAAGGAGACGAGUGGCCUCAAGAUUCCCACACUCCGACGAGUUGUUCCUAGGAUACCGAACGAACCUAUGGUGAAUGGCGUGCACGCUCUUCGAGGGAGGACGAAGUUGGCAGGACCCACUGUAUUUUUGCUUGACUACACCCGCGUGGUCGUUCACGAUGAGGACACUCAGACGUCGGAGGGGGUUGAGAUUUAG